CUCCAGAGCGGCGGCCGGGCCGGCGCCGCCGCCGCCAUUAACCCCUGGCAGCCCGGCGGCCCCGGCUCCGCGGGGACCCGCCGUGACCAUGAGCUCGGCCGCCGGCCCCGCCGCCCUGCCGCCCGGCUCUGCCGCCCGCGCCCUGCACGUGGAGCUGCCCUCGCAGCAGCGCCGGCUGCGUCACCUGCGGAACAUCGCUGCCCGCAACAUCAUCAACAGGAACGGGUACCGCCUCCUGGACACCUACUUCACCCUGCACCUCUGUGACAGCACCAAGAUAUACAAAGAAUUUUAUAAGAGUGAGGUGAUCAAGAAUUCUCUGAAUCCAACCUGGAGGAGCCUGGACUUUGGGUUGAUGCCUGAUCGUCUGGAUACCUCUGUGUCUUGUUUCGUGGUGAGGAUCUGGGGUGGCAAGAAGGAGCAUUUCCAGCUUUUGAUUGAAUGGAAGGUCAAUCUCGAUGGCCUGAAGUACUUGGGCCAGCAGAUCCAUGCCAGAAACCCAAACGAGAUUAUUUUUGGUCUCCACGAUGGUUAUUACGGAGCUUCAUUUGAACAGAAGGAUCACUCAGGUACCCUGAAGAACAGUCUCCUCCAGGUGGAUCAGAACUGUGUCCGUAACUCUUACGAUGUCUUCUCUUUGCUUAGGCUCCACAGAGCCCAGUGUGCAAUCAAACAGACUCAGGUAACUGUGCAGAGGAUAGGGAGGGAGAUUGAAGAGAAGCUGAGAUGUACAUCCACACGGAACGAGCUGAAGAAGGAGAGUGAAUGUUUACAGCUGAAGAUCCUGGUGCUACGUAAUGAACUGGAGAGGCAGAAGAAGGCCCUUGGUCAAGAAGUAGCCUUGUUGCACAAGCAAAAAAGUAGUUUGAGUGACAGAGAAAAUGCAUUUGGGACUGAAUAUGAGAAACUUGGAGAGCACAACGAAUCCCUGUGUGAAUUAAGGAAGGAAUGCACUGCCAAGAGAGAACAGCUUUUGAAGACAAAUGCCCAGCAGACUAUUCGAUGCAAGCAGCUGCUGUCAGAGCUGUCCUACAUCUACCCCAUUGAUCUGAAUGAUCAAAAGGAUUACUUUGUUUGUGGAGUCAAGCUUCCUAAUUCUGAAGACUUUCAAGCCAAGGAUGACGGGAGCAUCGCCGUUGCCCUGGGCUACACUGCUCACCUGGUUUCCAUGAUCUCCUUCUUCCUGCAAGUGCCACUCAGGUAUCCCAUCAUCCACAAGGGCUCCCGCUCCACCAUCAAAGACAACAUCAACGACAAGCUCACCGAGAAGGAGCGAGAAUUUCCUUUAUAUCCAAAAGGAGGGGAGAAGCUUCAGUUUGAAUAUGGAGUUUAUCUUCUCAACAAAAAUAUAGCACAGCUUAGGUAUCAGCAUGGGCUGAGUACUCCAGACCUAAGGCAAACUCUUCCCAACCUGAAAAACUUCAUGGAGAUUGGGCUAAUGGUGAGAUGCGACCGGCACCACACGUCCAGCGCCAUCCCCGUCCCAAAGAGACAGAGCUCCAGCUUCGGCAGGUUGCACAUCGGCUUCUCCAGUGGGCUUCCUUCCCCGGACAAGGCACCCCGCAAACGGGCCACGAGCACCGGCAACGAGAGACUGCAGUACAAAACUCCUCCUCCCAGCUACAACUCCGCUUUAACCCAGCCCGUCCCCGCGGGGGAGCCGCAGAAAGCGCCCGGGCCCAUCAGCUCUUCCCUGGACACCUCCCUGGACUCCUCCAAGGGCGACGCCGGGAAAGGCGAGGACUUGUGCGGCGGCUUCAACGGGGAGAGCGGGGCCCUGCUGCCCCCUCCGCGGGGCCGGCGGGACCCCUCGCCGGGCGGGUGCAGUGCAAUGAACGGGGCGGUGGGGCCGGGGGCCCAGGAGCCGCCCCCGCCCGGCCCCGCGCUCUGCUGCGCCGUGGAGCGGGCCGAGGAGAUCAUGGGCAUGGAGGCCACGGCCCUGGGCCCGGGGGACCAGCUGGAGGACUUCAACUCCAUCCCGGUGGAACACGCCGUGGCCGUGGAGUGCGACGAGCAGGUGCUGGGGGAGUUCGAGGAGUUCUCGCGCAGGAUCUACGCCCUGAACGAGAACAUGUCCAGCUUCCGCAGGGCCCGCAAGAGCUCGGACAAGUGAGCCGGGGCGGGGGGGAAUCAGUGCUCCGGGGGGAAAUCAAAUUGCACUUAUUCUUUAUAUUAAUUAUAAAAAUAAAAAAGCUAAAGCUGUUCCUA